AUGAGCUCUGAAGGCGAGAAGGUUCGCGCCUCUGGCGAGACCCCGCGGGAGACGUUGCCCACCGUCAACCCGGCGGCAGAGAAACAGGAGCCGCCCAAGGCCGCGUUCCACCCCGCGGUCUACGUGAGUGUCUGGAUCACUCUCAGUUCCUCCGUCAUUUUGUUCAACAAGCACCUCCUCGACUAUGCCAACUUCCGCUUUCCCAUCAUCCUCACCACAUGGCAUCUGGCCUUCGCAACUUUCAUGACCCAGAUCCUCGCCCGAACCACCACCCUCCUCGAUGGCCGUAAGAGCGUCAAGAUGACCGGCCGGGUCUACCUCCGCGCCAUCGUCCCAAUCGGCCUCAUGUUCAGCUUGAGCUUGAUUUGCGGUAACAUGACAUACUUGUACCUGAGCGUGGCCUUCAUCCAGAUGCUGAAGGCUACUACUCCUGUUGCUGUUCUGCUUGCCACUUGGGGCAUGGGCAUGGCCCCCGUGAACUACAAGACCCUCAUGAACGUCUCAAUCAUCGUCGUCGGUGUCAUCAUUGCCUCUUUCGGUGAGAUCAAGUUCGUUCUCGUCGGUUUCCUUUUCCAGUUGGGCGGUAUCGUCUUCGAAGCCACCCGUCUGGUCAUGGUGCAGCGCUUGCUCAGCUCCGCUGAGUUUAAGAUGGAUCCCAUGGUCUCGCUGUACUACUUCGCCCCUGUCUGUGCCAUCAUGAACGGCUCUGUGGCUCUGUUCCUCGAGGUGCCCCGAGUGACCAUGGACCACAUCUACGGCGUCGGCAUCUGGGUCCUGAUUGCCAACGCCAUGGUUGCCUUCCUGCUGAACGUCUCGGUCGUCUUCCUGAUCGGCAAGACCUCGUCUCUGGUCAUGACUCUCUGCGGUGUCCUCAAGGAUAUCCUGCUGGUGGCCGCCUCCAUGAUGCUCUGGAACACCCCCGUCACUCCCCUCCAGUUCUUCGGUUACUCCCUAGCUCUCAUCGGUCUCGUCUACUACAAGCUCGGUGGUGAUAAGAUCCGCGAGUACACUGGUCAGGCCAAUCGUGCCUGGUCCGAGUAUGGCAACACCCACCCCGCUCAGCGGAAGUUCGUCAUCUUCGGCGCCGCCGCCCUCAUCUUCUUCCUCUUCGUUGGUUCCUUGGCCCCAAGCUAUGCCCCCGAGUCUGUGGACCGGGUCAAGACCAUGCUGGGUGGUGCGGCUUCGGGCAACGCUUAA